CGGAUGUUCACUCCUAGGCAACGGCGGAAGUGGAAGGGCCGUGGCCUGCCUCGGAAGGAGGGAGAGCGGAGCGGAGCGGACCGGGAGGCGCCGCCGUUGCCACCGCCCAGCGCAGCCCCGCCGAGCCGCCAUGAGUGACCAGCAGCUGGAUUGUGCCUUGGAUUUGAUGAGGCGUCUGCCUCCACAGCAGAUAGAGAAGAAUCUCAGUGACCUCAUUGACUUGGUCCCAAGCCUCUGUGAAGAUCUCCUCUCUUCUGUUGAUCAGCCAUUGAAGAUUGCACGAGAUAAGGUGGUAGGAAAAGACUAUCUAUUGUGUGACUACAACAGAGAUGGAGACUCAUAUAGAUCACCGUGGAGUAACAAGUAUGAUCCUCCCCUGGAAGACGGUGCCAUGCCAUCUGCUCGCCUGCGCAAGCUGGAGGUGGAAGCCAACAAUGCCUUUGACCAGUAUAGAGACUUGUAUUUCGAAGGUGGAGUCUCCUCUGUCUACCUCUGGGAUCUGGAUCAUGGUUUUGCCGGCGUGAUCCUCAUUAAGAAAGCUGGAGAUGGAUCAAAGAAGAUUAAGGGAUGCUGGGAUUCCAUCCACGUGGUGGAGGUUCAGGAGAAAUCCAGCGGUCGUACUGCUCAUUACAAGCUGACCUCCACAGUGAUGCUGUGGCUGCAGACUAAUAAAACUGGUUCUGGUACCAUGAACCUUGGCGGGAGCCUCACCAGACAGAUGGAGAAAGAUGAGACUGUGAGCGACUCUUCUCCACACAUAGCCAAUAUUGGACGCUUGGUAGAGGACAUGGAAAACAAAAUCAGAAGUACACUGAAUGAGAUUUAUUUUGGUAAAACAAAGGACAUCGUGAAUGGGCUGAGAUCUAUUGAUGCAAUCCCCGACAACCAAAAGUAUAAGCAGUUGCAGAGAGAACUUUCUCAAGUGUUGACCCAGCGCCAGAUCUACAUCCAGCCUGAUAACUAAACCAAUCCAGGUACCCUGCCAGGUCUGUGCAGACUUUUGCAGACAAAUCAAAACAAGAAGCUCUUAAAAAUGACCUGGUGGAGGCUUUGAAGAGAAAGCAGCAAAGUUAAAGUACUCUCCGUGCUAACAAGACAUGCCAUGCACUCGUUAGAUUCCUUUCUUAGAAAACUCAUCCCCCUGACCUUUUCUGUUACGUCACGUCACGAUUUGCAUUCAAUACUAUUCAUGCAACGCCAUCUUCUCCCCAUGAAUAAAGCUGUACAAACUUU